UACCUCUUUCUUUUCUACGAUUGAAACAACUCGUGGUGUUUUUAUAUGGAACCCAGGUAAUGUCACAAAAUCAAAAAGUUCCAUUCUUUUGUUAUUCUCAACCAUGAAUCAAACUGCAAAUGAAGCAGCAAGUCACAAGAACAAGAAGUUUGCCACAAAUGAAACAUUGAUUUUUGGAUCUCAAAACCUUUACACUCUAGCUCAGUGCACACCAGACUUGUCUUCUAAUGAUUGCAGAAGCUGUCUCAAUAAAGUGAUUAGAGAACUUCCAUGUUGUGAUGGAAAUCUAGGUGGAAGAAUUAUAUAUCCUAGUUGUAAUGUUAGGUAUGAACUAUAUCCUUUUUAUAGGACUACAAAUUCUGAUGCACUUUUUCCUCGAACAAAUCAUUCCAAACAAGAUUCAGGGUUUACACAAGAUCCAUUUUAUCUUUCCCAUAAUUGCUCAAGUAAUUACCAUUACUUACCUCAAGUUAAUUAUUUUCAAAUAUAUCUCAAACCUCUCUUCUUUUCUUUGUCUUCCAACGCUGCCAAUGGAAAUAUAUUUUAUGAAGAUCAUGUUGAAUACUUGGUGUAUGGACAAUUCAUGUGUCGAGGUGACCUUCCACCUCGACUAUGUGUUCAAUGCUUAAAAAACGCAACAGAUCGAUUAUCUUCAAACUCAACGUGUCGCUCUUCUCCCAAGGGUAUAAUUGUAUAGUCACUGCUUGCUUCGCUAUUCGGAUUAUGAUUUCUCGAAAAUAGGAACAAGUCCUAUUUAUCGCGAUAUAAAUAUUUCAACAUCGAAACGAAACUCAUUCACUUAUAUAUUGUCGAAUCAUUUAUCCAAACUUGCGCUUGACACAGGAAUAAAUAGUGAAAAA